UGAUUCCGAGCCAUUGCCAGAGUACUGGCUAUGGCGACUGACUGACUGCGUGAGUGCGUAUGUGCGUGCGUCUCUUGGCACAGUGCUCCUGGCUCCGCCGCUGCACGCCCCAUCUGAGCGCUCGACUCAAUCCCCUGCUCUGCCUUCGCUCCCACAGGACCCGUACCCGCGAUCCAUUCCCAUGGUGGAGUCCUUGUCGUCCCUUUUGAAAUCUGUGAGGUUGCGGGGAGCGUAGUGUUUUGGAGAGGGGAUAUUUGGCUUAAAAGUGGAGGGUAUGGAGGCUGCUAAUCGCAGGACAUGUGGUUCGAUCGGCCUCGAUGAUCGAUUCGAUCGUGGCGUUUUCACGGGAGGCGUGGCGUAGAUUACAUAGUUUAGUAAUUGAGGGAGUUUUGCAGUAAUGCUCUUGGAAUACAGGCCAAAUGAAUCAACGUUUCCAAAAGGUGCUUGUUUCAAUAAAAUCUUUCACCAAAUUCGAGGGAAUAAAACUCCUCCAAGUCGCACAACCGUGUAAUGCUUUCCGGAUGGCAUGGACAGGACAGACCGUGCGGAAUUAUUAAUGUUGCGUUUGAGUUCUUGACCUUUGCACGAGUGAUAACUCACUUAAUUGAUGAAGGUCUAGCUCUUUAUCAGGGUUAAUGUUUUGGACUUACCGAUCAUGGAAAAGAUGCCCAUAGAAAAUUGGAUCAGCUCUAGACUGCGUGCAGCAGAGGCCAUGAUCAGGAGCAUGGAAACGCAUGUGCGCCUUCUUGAGAAACAGAGGGAUUAUCUGAAGGUGUGGAAAAACGAUCAGCUCCAAAUUUUGGAAGAGCAAGUGAAACACUUGGAACGUCAACGUUGCUUCUUGACCCUCUGGAAGCCGGAUGUGCAUUUUGGCCUGGACUCCAAGAGUUCACAUGUUGAUGUCCAGCUGGUGGCAAAGGAUGAGGGGCGUGUCCAUGCACACAAGGCUAUCCUGGCGGCUAGAUCUCAAGAGUUUGAAAAGCUCUUUCGUGCUGAAAUCAAAGACGGCAUUAUUGAAAUUGCUGAUAUGUCCUAUGAGGAGCUGAGCGCAUUUGUUAGGUUUUUCUACACAGCUUCAAUUGAUUCUAAGUUAUUGGUGAAGCAUUCUUCAUCCCUUCUGCAAGCAGCUGAUAGAUAUAAGGUUAAUUUUCUUCGGACAGUCUGCGAGGAGGCUUUAGUGACCAAUAUUUGCAAGGAAAAUGCUAUCUCUAUAUUUGUAGUUGCAAAGAAACAUUGCUCUGAGGCCACCUUAGAAGCCCUGCUAAACGAAGCGACAAGCAUGGGGGAGUUAUCAACGUUCAACGAGUAUAAACAGUACUGUCAAACGGAUGCCAAAUUGUUGUUGGAGCUAUACGAGAAGUUCUUAGAAGUGAAGAAGGCCAGUAGUUCCAAAAAACGCCGCACCGCUGUUGCCAAAGGGUGUUCAGAAGCGAAUGCAGGUGUUUAUUUACCUUCCCGCAAGUCUGGUGAAGUGUCACGACCUGCCGAGAACGUCGCCGGGGAGCCUUAUGUUGAGAUAUUUGGGUCCAAUAUAUUUGAGACAAUGAAUGAAAAAGUGGAGGCAGAUGGACCAGUAGAAGACAACGAGAAGGGUAAGGACAAAGUAAAGGGAUCUAAUUCGGAUGGUGGGAGGAAGAAAAUGAAAGAUAACAGAAUCCCUGGGAGGACACCUAUGCCUUUUGAUACGCCCAUGGUGCAAGGCUCGCCUUAUGGAUCACCCCACUUCAUGCCUUUCUUCAUGCCUCCUUGUAUGCCAGCUAUGUACCCAGGCAAUCCAAUGCUUGCGUUUUUCAGUGGGCAGAGGCCUCCAAUGUUAAUGCCUUCAGAACCAUCUAGCAAUUUUCUAAAGCCAUUAGCGUUGAAAAAAGAGUAUCAAACUAAGAAGGUGCCAUCACUAAAUAAGAAGUCGAAGGAAGCCAACGUCGUAUCCACUCUACCACAGGGGAUCGUCUGGAAGAAGAAACAAUACAGAGCUUCAAUAGUUGUGAAUGGGAAAACUCAUGUCUUAGGCAAUAGCAAGAGUUUAGAAGAGGCAACACACAUGUAUGACCGGGCUGCAUAUGUGUGCGGAAGGGGAACGAAUCACGAACUUCCAGAGAAAGAAAAACAAGAGCUGGAGGGAUUAUUAUGGGAGGAGUUUUUGGAUUUUCCCAGAGAGUCACAGAAUGAGCAAAAGCAGGGUAACUCUGGCGUUGGUGAACUAUCGUCAAUUCUACCUCAAUCCUGGUUAGAGGAAUACUAGCUACACUCCAUUUCAAGCAUGGUAAUCGGCACUGUUUUUCAGAAUUGUUUUGGCGGAGAUAUUGUACUUGGACAAUGGGGGACUAUCAUGACAAGGGGGCCUGCAAAAUACGAAAGCUGUAAAUGCCCUUGACAGGCACUGUACCAAUAUUGCACUCUUUAUCCGUAGAGAUGAAAUGAAGAGCUUUACAGGAAAAGCAUGGAUAGAAACAAGCGGGUAAGAUGCUCCUUAAACAAAUUGAUCAUUUCUGGUAAUUUUUUUUUGCGAUUUUAUAGUGUUGUCGCAUUUUGAGUACAUGUUAAUAGAGACAAAGUUCUCCGUAUUCUCCACGAUUAACUCCUGCAAAGGUUCUUUAGUAUUUUUUCUUCAUGAAUUCUGUGAGAUUAAAUUGAAAGGUGAUGCAUUUAAGGACUAACAUCCCCCAAUGUCGUUACACUAAUGUUUUGUUGGAUAGACUCAAAUAAAAACUGCUCUCUAUUCACUAUUCUUUUAUCGGAUGCAAACUGUGAAGAAGAAUUUGAAAAGAGCUUAUUUUGUCCUCUCUAGAAUCAAAAUGUAUUGUUGGUUCUAAACGGAUACGAAGAAUAUUUUGUUGAAGGGCAAAAUUCUAUCAAUUCGUGGUUCUAAGGUUUUGCACCCUUUCAUAUUUAGAUUUAACAUUAAGACUCCUUUAUAUGUGUAGAGGUGCACAAUGAGGUGUUUCAGACCUUGGGAUGUCAAGUUAACCCACUAACGGCAUUUAGGAGCUGGAUUGGGGUAACAGAUAUUGACCUUGAAGCAUUGUCUUAAUCAAUGUAUUAUACACAGUUUUGGAUGUAUAGCAUUUAGAUGUUUCAUUUCCUUAUUGUUGUAAAGUUAUUAAAAGCUUUCGUUGUAUCAAAAGCAGUAUUAUUGUUCUUCUAUAAAGAUUAUAAUUAUAAACAA